CACAGCUACAUACAUGAUUUAUAUAUACACUGUUGUUCCAUCACAAGACCUUUGUCUGUUCCUUCCUUCUUUAUACAUAUCUGUCCUAUAAAUAUCUAUUUAAAAAGCCCUUUUUCUGCGUGGCUGCGUAAUAAAUAUUAUCUCUCUGAUUUUCUUUCCACGCUUACGCCGUUUCUUUUCUAUUGCCAAAGCAGCAGCAACAAAAAACAAUGCUUACGACAUACCGACCCUCCUCAUUAUUGACAUCAUCCAAUGUCGCUAAUCUUCCUGGUGCAACGCGAUCUUGUACACGCCUUGAUGAAAUUCUUUCAUCUGCCUCUUCUUCUGCUACUACCACCACUACUAUGGCAAAGUCAUCCACCAGCAAAAGUAACGAUAGCAACAAUGACAACAGCGACGACCAUGGCAACAAAAACUGCUUCAUUGAUAAUGCUGAUAAAUCAUCCCAGCAACAGCGACAGCGUCACGAAGAAUCGAUUGCUGAUAUAAUGGAGGAUGAUGAAGACGACUACUACGACUACUACGACGAUGACUCUACAACAACUGUGUUUCUCCAAUACAAGCCAUUCCGCUUAUCUUCAUUUUACCGUCGUCGGCGUUGCUCUCUUUUGGCAUCCAUGGACUCUUGUCGGAUGGAGACAAUAUUUGAAGAGGAAGAAGAACAAGAAUGAAUCUGCAUACAGCAGCAGUGUCCUUUCCCUCCCUCUCUCUCUAUCUCUCUCUUAUAGUAUCCUUACUAAUCCUCACUGUAAAUGUAUUAUUCAUCGUUACUCUUCUUCUUCUUCUUCCAAUCACAUCUUCAUCGUCUCAUUUGUAUAUACUUCUUUCCUUUUAUUCGCUUUUUUCUCCAUCAUGUUAUGUCGUUCUUUUUAUAAAAAGAAACCUUUUUUUCUUCCUUCCUUGGCCCCCGUGACAGCAGCCAGCCCCGCCGCCACCUCUCUUUUGGACUUUCAUGUGCAGCUUUUUUUUCCACCAGUGGUGGUCACGCGCACAAGCAAAUGCUACUCCUCUCUCUCUCUCUCUUACAAUACUUUACUCUCAAGUUGGUGUAUGCAAAACAAAAAGUCGUGUUUAUUCAUUUUUUUCAAAACGGCGGAAUGGAUAUAAAGAUGAUAUGAUGCUAUGUAUAUGCCACAAGAAGAUGGCUGUUUACAAGCAAGUUUUGAAAGUAGUAUUUAAAGAUAGAAAGGUAAUUAUAAGAAUUGAUCCACAUCCUUCCACUUGAAGGCAAGGAUGAGACCCAUCGCCGCCAAAAAAGAAAAAGGAAAAAAAGAGCGUCGUUCUUCUGGCUAACAGCUACGGAAAGCUACUCCUGGUCGUCGUUGUUCACACGCUCGACAACGGCUGCAUGUCGAAUCA